ACGGCGGCCAUCUUGCGCGUGCAAAGCCUGCGCACGGAUCCGUAAUUUACGAUUUGUUCGUACGCAUAAACUCUUUUCGGUUUAACGAUAAGUUUUCGCGCGACGCACGUCAUCGCGAUCCAUGAGCCCUCCUCGGCGAUCGUCUCGAUCGGGUUCCGCUGGCCAACGGUACAAACGGGUCGAAACAUCGCGCGGCAAAAAGAUCAAAACGAUCGCGACAGAGAGAGAGAAAGUGGGCGGAGUUUGGCUGUGUCAGGUUCGCAACAAAGACGUAGUGUGCCGCGCGUUAGUCCCGAGAGCGGGUUUGGUCUACGUUAAGGGACGACGUAUUGCCCGAGCAUCGUCGAGAAGCGGGCGGUUAUUGUCUGGAACGAUGUCGUCCGCACGAUCGCGGACGUGGAGGAGGUUAUGAGAUCGCGGCGGCGAGCGUCGAGGUCACGUCGUAAAUAAGCCGAGUGCGCACGCGCACAACGACUCGUUCCGAGAGGGAAAGGAAGAGACGCGACGGCCGACGCGCGAGGCAGAUGCAUGAGAGGCUUUGAUUGGCCACGGCGGCUGUUAUGGCCGCCCGAUUGGCGUACGCGAGAGUAUCCGAGGCACACCGACGCGCAUGUACGCCCGCGAGCCGCGGCAGCGUAGCAGUCGCUCGAGCGACCGAGAGUAGCGAGAAGAGCGACGGAAACGGUCGGUCCGCGCGCGUCUUCGUUUCCUAGUAAAGACGGAGGAUCUCGAGUGUGACGCCGCGACGCGAAUGGUUCUGGAAAGCGACGCUGAUCUUCCUCUGCCGUAACGAAAGAAACCAACAAGGAAGUGAUAAAGAGAGAGAGAGAGAGAGAAAGGAGAGAUAUAAUUAUAUAUAUAUAUAUACACACAUAGGUAUAUAUACACACAUAGUGAAGACGUCUUGACGAGGGGAGGAGUGCGGGCCGGGCGCGACGCCGACCGUCUCGACACAACCGCGUAUACGUAAAAUCCGACAAUCCGUCAAAGUUUAAGGCCGCUGAAGACAACAGUUUCAGCUUGCUCUAUAUUAUGUAUACCAGAUUUUAGAAACCGAUAAUUAAAAGGCGCGAGUGCAUAAGUCGCAUAAGCGGAAUAGUGGAAGGAACGGACGAAGACGCAAGAUCGGAGGGUGGAAGGUAAGCGCGCGACGCGAGAGCGAGUGAGGCGCGCGAGAGUGACAGAGACCGGGGCGAGAGCAAGAAAGACAGAAACGAAACGGAGAGUCAAGACUGCCGAACGAUACGUUCAGAGGGACAAAGACCACGGCGGCAGCAUAACCUCCAAGGGCGUUUGCGCCACGCGUUUCGGGAAUUGCUGCGCGAGGCAGCGGUGCGUGAAGUCACGAGGUAUUCGAGGCGACAGAGAUCGAGUGUGUGUGUGUGAGAGAGAUAGAGAGAAAGCCAGACGGAAGGAGACAGAGUAUAUUUUUGCAAGUGUGCAACGCACGUCUCACGGGCUUUUGUAUGCGGAUGCCGAUUGCCCGAGGUUGCGGUCUGGAAGAGGGAGGAGAAGAGAGAUAGACGCACGUGCGAGCAUCGCCACGAGCAAGAAGUCAACGGCACUUCCGGUGCAUCGCGCUCGGUACCGUGCGCGGGAUCGAACUCACGGCCGUGAGCAGCACGAAUCCGUUCGACUUUGUCGCGCGUUCUUCCGCGACACCUGGUAUACGAGCAAACGCGUAGGUGCGUGCACAGCAGCAGUGCCGACGCGAGUGCGUUCCGUCGGUCGGUCGUUCGUUUUCGGCGGCGCGCGGCGGGUCGGAGUACACGUAAACAUACGCGACACAGCCCCACGCGCGCGAGCACGGUGGCCGGCUGAUCAGCGCCGAGAGCGGAGCAGCGAGUCCGGUUGAUGGAUGAGACUGGCAGGAUGCUGCAACACGGAGGAUCAGGUGUGGGUCUGAUGGGUGGGAACCAGGGCCAGACGGCGCAGAACACCGCUGGCUACGGGAGCAUGGGUCCUGUCGACGGCACCGCGGCCCAGGGCCCGGACCAGGCAGUCGAGGCGAGGAAACAGGACAUCGGCGAGAUCCUGCAGCAGAUCAUGAACAUCACGGAUCAGAGCCUGGACGAGGCGCAAGCGAGGAAACACACCUUGAACUGCCAUAGAAUGAAGCCUGCUCUGUUUUCCGUUCUCUGCGAAAUCAAGGAGAAGACAGUUUUAUCUUUGAGAAACACGCAAGAAGAGGAGCCGCCGGAUCCGCAACUGAUGAGGUUGGACAAUAUGUUGAUUGCCGAGGGAGUCGCUGGACCAGAAAAGGGCGGUGGAGCAGGUGCUGCUGCUUCGGCAUCCGCAGCAGCAGCCGCGGGACCUCCUGGGCAACCGGACAAUGCUAUCGAACACUCGGACUACAGAGCCAAGCUCGCUCAAAUUAGGCAAAUUUAUCAUCAAGAACUGGAAAAGUACGAGCAGGCUUGUAACGAAUUUACCACCCACGUGAUGAACCUGUUGAGGGAACAGAGCCGUACCAGGCCGAUUACGCCGAAAGAAAUCGAAAGGAUGGUCCAAAUAAUCCACAAGAAGUUCUCCAGCAUUCAGAUGCAGCUGAAACAGUCCACCUGCGAGGCCGUGAUGAUUCUGAGGAGUCGAUUCUUGGAUGCCAGACGUAAGAGAAGAAAUUUUAGCAAGCAGGCAUCCGAAAUUUUGAACGAGUACUUCUACUCUCAUCUGAGCAAUCCCUAUCCGAGCGAAGAGGCCAAGGAAGAGCUCGCGCGAAAAUGUGGAAUUACCGUGAGCCAGGUUUCCAAUUGGUUUGGAAACAAGAGGAUACGCUAUAAGAAAAACAUCGGUAAAGCGCAGGAGGAAGCAAAUUUGUACGCCGCCAAGAAGGCAGCUGCAGCUUUUGCAGGAGCAUCGCCGUACAGCAUGGGUGGUGCCAGCCAGGGCACUCCGACGCCGAUGAUGUCGCCGGCACCUCCCGGAGGACCGCAGGACAUGGCCGGAUACAGCAUGGGAAUAAACGGCAGCGAUUACGGUUCGCAGCCGUACAAUGAUGGCUCCAUGGGAUAUGAUCCCAUGCACCAGGGGAUAAAGACAGAGGGCUAAAAAUCAAUUGCAAAACAAAAAACAAACAAUCGAAAAACAUGACGCAGGGCAAGGCAUUGGCUGGGGGGCCAGGCGCGGCGGGAUGGAUGCAACAACGCGAGGCGGUGCCCGAAUUUCCGCCCCUCCACGAUUCAGCAGACUCUGAUUCCGACCGAGAAAAUGAAAAGCGACCACGCGUCUAAGACUCGUUCGUUUCUAUUCCGUUUCUUCCGAGACAGGUAUACGCGCGCACGCAAUACUAGGCGAGAGAGAGAGAUUGUGCGAACGAUGCAUGUCGAGAUGAGCAAGCGAGAAACGAGAACCGCUUCGACACAACCGACAUCGGUUUCACAGAACACAAGUUUCACAUAGACACAUGAAACGAAGAAACACACACGUAUACGACACAGUCGUUCGUUAGUGUUCCUAGUGGGUAGCGUUAUCGUUUUGGGUCUUCAAGCGACUCUUCUCGUUUGGUUGUGUCAUAGGAGAAGGAUACGCACGAGAGGAUGAUUAGAGGAUCAUCUGAUCUGUCGUGUAGGAGACGAGAGUCUACACUCGCACAAGUGGACUACCCAGUUACCUAGCUCCGUUACCUAUUAUCAACAAAUGUAUACGUAAACGAUUCAGGAUGCUUGGAGCAUCCGUUGAAUCAGAAAGGGAACAUCAAAGGUUUCAAUUGCAUCCUCUUUGCGUAUCCUCGACAUCCGCGGUUUUGCCUUACCGAACAAUUUUAGCGAAACGUUGCCCGGAGCGGAAAGGGCACGCAAGCGAUAACAGCGUAGGUCAGUGUGUUCUCCUUACAGCAAAAGUUCUUUUCUCUGAAGACAAUAGAUCGACGUACACGCGUCUAGCUAGGGAGAGAGCGUACACACAGGAUCCGUCACUUGCAUUUGUCUGCUACAGACUAACACGUGACACAGCCACCACACUUCCAGGAUUCUGCUGGCCGAAGCUGACCGAAAGAUAGUUUCGAGUUGUCAUGUGGCGAUUCACUCGUUUAUCGGAGAAUGAAGAUGAGAAAUAACUAAAGGGAGAAUGCGCCAUCUUAGAAAUAUCUUUUGGAAAUAUCGCGAAAGCACCAGCGGGAGGGUGUCUUCGCGAUAUUCGGCCAACUGUCGAAUCGUAUACACUCAUUCCUCCCUUUGUGCGAUUUUAUGUUACUGCCUUGUUACUCGUUUCCGUCAUGAUUGAUCCUUCUUAUGUAAUGCUAGCGAAUGUCUCCUAUGUUCAUUUUCGUUUAAAGCAUCGGACCUUCUACUUUCUAAGUUUAGCUUCAAAAUCCUAUGCGAUGAUCUAUUAUGUUAUGCGCACCAGAAGGUUCAAACUCUCCAGAAAACCCGUAAGAAAACUGCUUUAUAUUAUUCGUAAAGAUAAAUCUAUGUGUAAUGAUUAAUAUAAAUUAUGAAUGAAAAUCUAGGUAAGAUUGUCAAAUGUGUACAAUUUUAUAUUUGUGUGCAUAGUAAUUAUAUAUUAACAGGACCAGUGUUUUUUUCAUGCAUAUACAGGAGCCGUAGCGAAAUUUAUCUUGGUAUCGUGCAAAGUUCGAACCUAUUGGGUCCGUCUUUUUUAAUGGAACCCGUCUUGAUGAUCGCAGGCCAAUGUGAAACGCUGCCUGACGCGAGAUUGCGUUAGAGAAUUGAAUUGUGCAUGAUUGUAUCCAUGAGCGGGGGUUCGCACGAGACAGCGAGCCCUCGCUCUCCUUCAUCCCCCUUUUUUCUUGUAAUUAUGCUAGACCGAGCACGAAGUUUUAUUAAAAUUUGUUUCUUUUCACACUCGUUUUUCUGUCUUUGUUGAUUUCAUCACCCGAAACAUUGCACACACGUACAUUUACACGCACACAGCGUCGAAUCCGAGAUUGGCAGCGAGUUUGCAAUGGAAAAUCGAUUGAUCAUGAGUCUCGGUGACGAUUGCAAACGCCCGAUAAAUCGGAUUCGAUCCACGAAACACACAUGAUUGCGCCUGUCUACCCUUAGUUGGCCGUACGUACGUAGGUACAUAUGUAUUGUGUAUACGUAUACAUGUGUAUAAAAAUAUAUAUUAUAUAUAUAUAUAUAUUCUAUACUUUCGUAUCUGUGUAACUCGCACUAUACCACGUAUGCCGCUCUACGUGGCGAGGAAGAGAUCUCUUGUUAAAACGAACCGAGCAGAGGACAUGAGGAUUGCGUUUUGGAAGAAAGAGAUUCCUCGACCGGACGUGCGCGCGCGCGCACGUGCAUAUGCGGUCGCUGGAAGAUAAAGUUUAAAAUAAAGUUCUAAAUAAAGUCAAGACACUCGGGAUAAGUCGAGGCACUGACAAACGCGUUUCGCAGUUAUAUGGAUUCAUUUAUCACGGAAGUGUUACAUCCUUGUACCAGUUCCGCGUGCUAUACGAUGAGAUCGGAAUAGUCGCGAGUGUCUCCCGUGUGAUGACGAUGACAAUGAUAAUGCCUCUUGCAAAUCUUCUCGGACAACGUUUUCAUGUCACUGUGAAUAUUCGCGCGCGUACACGGCCGGAUGCUGUUUGCUUUCAGGAGCUGUCGCCUUGAAAUCCUUAGGGGAAACGCAGGAAGAACUCAUACUGACAAACUUUAAGCGAAAGAGAGAAAGAGCGAAAGUGCGAGUGCAUGUGUGAGAAAUCGAGAGAGAAAGAGUGAGUGAAGAGAAAGAGAAAGAGAGAAAACCAGAAAAUGAUACGAAUAGAGACCGCAUUAUUAUCGCGAUUAACGCUCGCGCAAUCCGAUCACCUCACUAUCUGUGAUCCGAGGCUCGCCUUUGAACGGCGAGUAAUACGAAACUAAAAAUCGAUAUUAAGCUAUUAAGGUUUACGUAACGCGUUCGUGUCUGGAGGCACUCGUGUUCUCUCCAAUCGGACGGAGUUUAUCCAUCCAGCGCCUUUCGGACACCGUAUCGCCCGCGAAGAUCUGUCUCAUGCAUGCAUGUCUUUGAAAUAGGAGAAAACUCUCGUGAUUUCCAUUCGUGUGCAACGCGACUCUCCCCCUUAAUUUUCCUUGUUGCGAACGGAUUGUGUUAACACGAAUUAUACGUUUAAUAUUGAUCACGUAAAUUCGAGAAUGCCAUUCCGAGGGGGAGGCUCCUCCUCGCUGACCCCGGAAACCCUUUGAACGUACAUCGCGAAGCGAAUCAUGCUCGUAGCAUUGAAUUUGCGGAUUUGUAAGCUUUUAAAGGCACCGGGGAUGCCUUUAAAGGCCAUAAAUAGCUUGCGAGAGAAAGAUCGAGAAAGAGAGGGAGAGCCGAUUCGCUCCAGAGCUACGCUCUCCGAUGCAAUCCUCUCCACCGCGCGAGCCGCUCCGACUUUGACUCCGGAUACUCUACUCGACACGAAUGCUUCCAGCCAUCGACAGCAGUGUUUUCCUCCCUUACCCCUCUCAGCGAACCAUCAAGAACGCAAAAGAUAUAUAGCAGACGCGUUGAGAGAGAAGAAAAGGUGCAAGAAUGAGAGAACGAGAAAGAGAGAGAGAGAGAGACAGACAGACAGAAGCAAUGGUCCUGCGACACAACACUAAUGUAUACGAUUUUUCAACACGAAAAUAUUAUAUAUUGUAGCUAUAUAUAUAGAAGUAUAUAUAUAAAAGAGGAUAGUAUAUAGGCAAGCAUAAUGGCUAAGCGCAUCAUUGUAAUGACGAUGGUAAUUAGUAAGGCGAAAAUUAUUAUUAUUAUUACUAUUAUUAGUUUACUAUUGAUUAUUUUUAUUGCCAUUUAUUAUUAUGAUCAUUAUUGAUAUUAUCUCAUCAUCAUUCUUAUCAUCAUCAUCAUUAUCAUUAUUAUUAUUAUUAUUAAUAUUAAAGGCGGUUCUCGCAUUGUGAUAAUCGCACUGUAAUUGCAUCAUUAUGACGACGAUAAAAAAAGUAUCCUUAUGGAUUUAUUAAAGUUUAUUACGUCGACUCGACAGACAUGCUUUGCUUUUUGUUCUCGAACGUUUCACACCUUGAUCGAAGGCACGGUAAUCUUUUUUUGUUUUCUUCGCUUGUCGUUCAUCGGAUUGAUUAUUGUAACGAAUCGCAAACGGCUGAUUUAAUACCUAGCACGUAGGUGAAAAAAACGAGGCAGAGAACGGAUAUCCCAUUCAUUGUAUAAACGCAGUCGAGGCGAAGAUGAGAGAGUUACGAGUAUCCUCCGAACGAUUAGGUGGUUAAACUCUGUUGUUAAAUAAUAUGUCGCGAGCGAAUCGCUCGGCUAAAGAUCGGCUGCCGAAUGCAAUUUUCAUUAUCGCCCUCGAGUAUCUCAACUUGUCUUCUUCGUUAUACGAUUUGUAAUAGUAAACGCACCGUAUUCCAUUUACACUUUAAGUACAGAAUCCAAUAGAUCCAGUCAUUUAAUUAAUAAUCAUGCGACGGGUUUUUGUUUGUGGCUCAAUGCAACCCCGGAGGCUACGUAUACUUUUUUGCUCUUACAAUAUGUAGCGAUGUUGAAAAAAAAACUCUACCUAACGAAGCGUGUAACUACGCUACUGAAUAUUACUAAACGUAAAACACGAUCAUGAUUCAGCUGACCUACAAAUCAGUUAUGAUUACUAUGUCGGAUCGAAUCGUGAUCGCGAUAAUUAUUACAAGUAGCCGUUUAUGCAGCCGCAGGCUAAACAAUCUCACGGUAAUCGUUUAAAAUGACUCGGGCUCGACGGUCAUGCUAUCUUUAGCCGAAUCCUUCGCCGAUCGUGCGACCAGUACAAGUGCGUUCCGGCACAGCUAGUAUACGAGAAAAGCGCGCCCGAGGCCCGCUGUGAGCGCGCGUUCGGGUGUCCCUUAUAGGAUUUACCUAACAUUUAAUAAAUGAAACGAGAACAAAAUGAAGAGAAAAAAAAAGAAAAAAAACAGAAGAAAUACAGAUCGAUAAUACCGACGCGAUGUGCGAACGAGCGAGAGAGACACAGAGUGCGUGAGAGGACGAGCGAGUGAGACGAGAGAGAACGCGAGAGAAUGACGAGAAAGAAAUAACGUUUAAACGUAUUUACGGAUACGCGGUAUAAGAUAUUAUUAUAUAUUUAUAUCCUUCGCGCUCCACUCUUCUCCCCCCCCCCCUCUGUGCCCCGAUCACCCCGUUUUCCUCACUCUUCCUCCAUCAAUCCUCUCUCCGGUCUCUUCAACUUCCGUUCUUCACGCGAUAAUGGAAAGGGAAUAGCAAAGUAUAGAGAUAAUAAACGCUGAAUCGCGAGCGCCGUACGCUCGACGUGCACGCUGAUAAAACGCUGAUUGUUAAACCGCAUUUACGUUUUCUCGCUCUCGGAGUGUCAUCGGUGUCACGACGUUAACUGUCGUCGCUUAAAAAGCCACCCUCUUCUUCCCCUCCCUCCCGGUUCCCCUCCGUCUGCCCGACUCGACCAAUUUGCCCGAUGAUCGUGCGCCGCAGAGACGAUGAUAUUUUUGGAUUGAUUUCUUCGUGUUCCCAAGUACGUGCGCACACGCGCCUCUCUCCUUACAUGCCGGAGAUGCGCGUCGUCUCAUCGCCGAUUUCGCAUAUACACGUACGAUGAUCUCAGAGUAUAACGUCCGUUGCGCGUUGGGAGACGAUUGUCGACGUUGUGGCCCGAAAGACGACAGUAUACCACAGAAAUCAUUGUAUCGAUUCGAAACAUUAUGAUAAACUUAAUAAAAGGAUCGAAAAA